UCAUGCGAUGUUCUCUUCCAGAGCAGAGUUGACCCUUCACUUAGAUACAAGUCUCCAAUAGUGAAGAUGCUGAGCUGCAUAAGAGGGCAGAGGAGUUCAUCGAGACGAUGAACAGCGCCUGGAGAACAGAGGAAGACGCUGAUAUGAAUCAAUGGGAAAAGCGUACGUGUGACAAAUAUGUUAUUUGGAAACUGUUGAAGGAUAAAUAUGUCAAAAUGUUUGGAUUUCUUUCUGGUCAAGUCAAGCUCGGGAGGAAGGAGCGUCCGUCAUUAAUCAUGGCGGAGGCGGAACGCGUCAACGCAGCUUCCGCCCGCCACCCUGCCUGGUUGUUGAGCGAUCUCCAAUUAAUUUCGGCCACCUGCUUCACCCAUCGCCUCCCCAGUCUUCUCUCCAGCUGCCGUUGUCCCAUCCACGACUGCUGCUACCGUCGCUGCCGUCGGCGCGCACACACAUUUACUCUCCGUCCUUCUUCGUCUUUUCCUACUGCAUUGAUUUCUUACCAUUUAUAUAUCUUCCUUCACUGGCUGUCGCUGGUGCCACCAUCCCUGUCUAGUGGAUUAGGAUGGAGGCAGCGACGGCGGAGCCCGCUGUGAUGGGCCGCGAGUGCCUGACCGCGGAAAUGGCCUUCGGGGGCUCCUCCAUUGUCAUCAAGAUCCGCCGUCGCCUGCCCGACUUCCUCCAGUUCGUCAAACUCAAGUACGUCAAGCUUGGCCUCCACUACGCCGCCGUCCCCACCGCCUACCUCCUGGCCCCCCUCAUUCUUGCGACCGUUGCCGCCACUCUACGGCUCGAUCGGCUUCUCUCCUUGGACCCCGCCACCGGCCUUGCCUCCGUCGCCGUCCUGAUGGUUCUGUUCGGCGCCUACUACCUGAGGCGGCCGCGCCCCGUCUACCUCGUGGACUUCGCUUGCUACAGGCCCGAGGACGAGCACAAGAUCUCCAAGGAGGGGUUCUUGGAGAUGACCGAGUGCACCCACGUUUUCACCGGGGAAUCACUCGAUUUCCAGACCAAUAUCACGAUGCGAUCAGGGCUGGGGGACGAGACGUACCUGCCGCCGGGGGUGCAGGCGCGGCCCCCUCGGCUGUGCAUGGCGGAGGCCCGGAUGGAGGCGGAGGCCGUCAUGUUCCGCUGCCUCGACGCCCUCUUCGAGGAGACGGGCGUCGACCCGGAGCGCGACGUUGGCGUCCUCAUUGUUAACUGCAGCUUGUUCAACCCGACCCCGUCGCUGGCUUCCAUGAUCGUGAACCACUACAAGAUGCGGGAAGACGUGAAGAGCUUCAAUCUGGGCGGAAUGGGCUGCAGCGCGGGGCUCAUCUCCAUUGACCUCGCCAAGGAUCUGCUCCAGGCGAACCCCAACGCCUAUGCGGUCGUGCUGAGCACGGAGAACAUUACGCUGAACUGGUACUUCGGCAACGAACGCUCCAUGCUGUUGUCCAACUGCAUCUUCCGGAUGGGUGGCGCCGCCGUCCUGCUGUCCAACCGACGGGCGGACGCGGGGCGGGCCAAGUACCGGCUGGUGCACGCGGUAAGAACGCACAAGGGGGCGGACGACGGCUGCUACGGGUGUGUGUACCAGCGGGAGGACGACCGCGGGGCAGUCGGGGUGUCCCUGGCCCGGGAGCUGAUGGCCGUGGCCGGGGACGCACUCAAGACCAACAUCACCACCCUGGGGCCCCUGGUGUUACCGCCGUCGGAGCUGCUCAAGUUCUUGGCAACGCUGGUGGCGCGGCGGGUGCUGAGGCUGAGGGGCGUGCGUCCCUACAUCCCGAACUUCCGGCGGGCGUUCGAGCACUUCUGCGUGCACGCCGGGGGGCGGGGGGUGCUGGAGGAGGUCCAGAAGAACCUGAGGCUGGGCGCGGCGGACAUGGAGCCGUCGCGGAGCGUGCUGCACCGGUUCGGCAACACCAGCAGCAGCUCGCUGUGGUACGAGCUGGCCUACGCGGAGGCCCAGGGGCGGGUGCGCCAAGGGGACCGGGUGUUGCAGAUCGGCUUCGGGUCCGGGUUCAAGUGCAACAGCGCGGUCUGGCGCGCGCUGCGGGACGUCGCGGUCGGCGUCUGCGGCCGCUGCAACCCUUGGGCGGACUGCGUCGACAUCUACCCCGCCACAGGGAUAGACCUGAGGUUGGAAUCGAAUUGAUGGGACGCAACGCCACCUUGCAACAUGAAAGCAACAAAGUGCUUUCAUUUAUUAUCAUCUAUAAACCUUAACAACAAAAAUAAGCCUAUCGAGAUUGCUAGUGUGAGGGAUCAAAAAUUGUUCUUUGUAAGAGAUAAUCUGUGUUGGCAUUAUUCCUUUCAA